AUGGCUCCAACGUGGCAAAGCAUCGUGUUGGGGAGUAGCAUCUCCUUUUCAUUUACGCUUGUAGUCACUCAAUCAUUCAUGACUGUUCCAGCGCUCCUUGUGGACUUUCCGAAUCAUUCCUCUCCAAACUAUGCAGAGCGCGCAACCCUGCUUGGACGCCAAUGGCCACACUGUUGGGCGGUCGGGAAUAUGUUUUUCAGACCUAUCAGUACGCUUGGAGCUCUAGGAUAUGCAUAUUCAAGCUAUUGUGCGUCUCACUCAGCGACCACAAGUAUGGACUGGAGAGUGCUGGUUGUUGCGGCUCUCAUGCAUGAAGCCAAGGGCGCAUAUGGUACACAUCAAGCGGGAGCAGAGGCGCUGUUGAGGAAAUGGAGGAAGUGGAAUAUUUUGAGAGUCAUUACUCCUACUAUUGCCGGGUGUGUUGCUAUGUGGCAACUUUGCUUGUGA